AUGCUGGCCUGGACUGGACCGGACCCUUCAGUCGACGCGGCCUCUGCAAGGCCAUGGAUGACCUUGGAGAACGUUUCAGCAGCAUCCCCAGCCCUCAUCGCUGUACUUAACAACCAGGAAUAUCUCUCUCACCAGGUCGCCAAACUCACGGAGAUGGUGGCCGACCUGAAGGUCGGUCCACGUAGCCGGCGAUCAUCUGCCAGGAGCCGCAAGAGCGGCGACUCGACUAUCACCAAUCUCAUCGACAACGAGGCUGUAGAUUCCUUCAUCGCAGAUGAGGAUCUCUUUACCAUCUUCGAGGCCUUCGUGUCGGAGACUGGCACCCCAAUCAAUGUUCGCAAGGGAAAGAAGACCCUCGAGUACGGGGGCAAGUUCCGUACUGCGGCGAUCGAGAAGAUGAAGGAGUGCUGGGAUCCUGAAACACUCGACGAAACCGUCGCUCGCCUCCUGUCCCUCGAGGAUCAGGACGUCAUCCGUCUCUACACAUGCUUUAGUGCCACACACCGUGAGAGAAACACCAAAGGAAAGGCCAAGAAGUCGGUGGUCCAGACUCGCACCGAGUCUUUUCAGACAGCCAUCGACGGCGAUAUGCCUAAGAUGCGUUCCUGA